GCGGGAGAAGACAGACGAUUCCCCGCCAAGAGGCUUCUGACGGGCGGGAGAAGACAGACGAUUCCCCGCCAAGAGGCUUCUGACGGGCGGGAGAACACAGAUGAUAAGCAAGGGUACGUCCUCCGACGUGGCAUAUCUGGUCAUUAGCACAGUUACCGCGUGGCAAGAAAUCGCGAAGAGCAAAAGCGGGAGCAGCAAAAGCAAAAGCGAGCGAAAGCGGGAGCGGCAAAAGCAAAAGCGAGCAAAAGCGGGAGCAGCAAAAGCAAAAUCCGGACCAGCAAAAGCAAAAGCGGGAGUAGCAAAAGCGAAAGCGGGAGUAGCAAAAGCAAAAGCAAAAGCAAAAGCGGAAGCAGCAAAAGCAAAAGCGGGAGCAGCAAAAGCGAAAGCGGGAGCAGCAAAAGCAAAAGUGGGAGGAGCAAAAGCGAAAGCGGGAGCAGAAGCCAGAGGAGAAUCUGCAGUUCGUACGUUUUCUCCCUCUUCUUUGGAGGCGAGGACGUCGUUGAAGGGGAGCUAUGAUGGUCUGUCACAUGGAUCAAAGAGGGGUAGGACAAGGCAGGGGCUCGCUGCCACGUGUCAAGACGUGAGUCGAGGGCGGGGUUGCGAGCGACACCCGCUCCUUCAUCGAUGGGGUGUUCGAGGGGGGGAAGAAGGGAGAAGGAGUCAUAUACAGGGGGAAACGGCAGACGAUUGCCUUUGGAAAGGGUUGCCGGCGACUAAGGGAUGGGGGGGGGGGAAGUGCCCUCGGGAGAAUGUCUUGCUGGGGGGCAGCAGCUACCGCGCUCAGCUUUCCGCAGCGCGCGCGGGGCAAAGUUUCGACUCUCUGCCGGGACACUUGGGCGCGGGGCAAAGUUUCGACUCUCUGCCGGGACACUUGGGCAAUCCUCCGUUCCCUGACAAUGUCAUGAUGAGGGGCUCGAAUGGCGAUGGCGGGAGAUCGGCCACGAAUAUGACGAAGAUGACAAGGUUCGUGGAGAGGGAGAGAAGGCCGGCGUGUCCCUCACUUUACGUCACCAAGGGAUAUUGGAACCGUCUUCCUCCUGCCUUCUCGCACAAUAUGGCGCGAUCUUUCUUCUGGCCCUCCGGUGAUGAUCUGCGAUUAGGCGGAACUUCACCGUUCGUUCCCUUUGUCCGAUUAAAGACGUCAAGCUGCGAGCCCAUGAUGAUAAUGAAUGGUAACCAAAAACGCUCUUCCUCUUCUUCUUCUCCUUCUCCUCCUCCUCCUCCUCCUCCUCCUCCUCCUCCUUCUUCUUCUUCUUCUUCUUCUUCUUCUGCGGCUGCUGUUGCUGCUGCUGCGGCUUCUGGUCCGUCGUCUUCUGCUUCUGCUGCUGCUGCUGCGGCUGCUUGGAACGGGGAGGCAGUGGCGGGAGUUGUAGCAUAUAAUGGCGCCAAAUUAGCAGGAGCAUCUGCGAGGUCGUCCAUGCUUGCCGCGUCUCGUGGUGACAACGGUGAUCCGCGGGAGAUUCAGCUCCCUAAUCCGUCGAUGAGCUGCCAUUCCGUCUCGACGAAAUCUAUGAUAGAAACGGCGGCGACAUCGAGUAAGCAGAGCAAGCAGGGGCCUGCUGUAUGGUCGGAGGCCGACGAGUAUUAUGCAGACGUAGGUGGAAGGAGGGUGUUGAACGAGUCGCAGCUUCGCCGCCCGUUCGCUGAGACUUCUGUGCGCAUGGGUGGAAGGUUCCCCUCAGAACACGCUACCUCGGAAGAGACGGAGAAGGGGGAGGGAGAGGGGGAGACGCGGGCGGCGGAGGAGGAAGACGAGAUUCCCCACGUGUCAUCGUCGAGCGCCACGUGGCAGUCGCGGCGUACGUUGACACGAUCCCGUUCCUCUGGUGAUGAGGAGGAAGAGUGUGACGAGUCGUUAUCGUCGUCAGUCCGGAGUGGAAGGGCGAAAUCUUUUUCCGUUUUAGGUAGAUCAGCAGCAGCAGAGCGUUUGCGAAUUAGCAAAGUGAGGGAGUGUACCACUACGGGGAUUGAGGAGGAGGAGGAGGAGGAGGAGGAACAGACGACGUCGAGUAGUGCCGAGGUCAGCACUGACACGAUCGCUGCCAUAGUGACGGCGGUGGCAGGGCAGCAGGGUGCUGUCGCGAUCGUUCGCCUCUCGGGUCGGGAUGCCAUAGCUAUCACUUCGAGAGUCUUUCAACCCGCAAGAAAACGACGAAAGGCAGGAGGUAAUGCCACGUGGCGACCGGAGAGCCAUCGAGUGGAGUACGGUACUGUGGUAGAUGGCGACGGUCGCCCCGUGGACGAGGUAAUCGUGGUACCUAUGCUUGCUCCGCGAUCAUACACGAGGGAGGAUGUGGUGGAACUGCAGUGCCAUGGAGGAGAGGUGUGUGUCUCGCGCGUCUUGCAGGCCUGCUUAGAAUGCGGGGCUCGCUUAGCUAAGCCUGGGGAAUUCACUCUCAGAGCGUUUCUGAACGGCCGGUUGGACUUGACGCAGGCGGAGUCUGUCGCCGAUCUAGUGACUGCACGCACUAGCCAAGCGGCGGACUCCGCUCUUGCAGGGCUGAAGGGAGGAAUGUCGUCGAUCAUCCGUUCCUUGAGAGCGGAGUGUAUCGAUCUGCUGGUGGAGAUGGAGGCUAGGUUGGAUUUCGAUGACGAACUUCCUCCCUUCGAUCCGACGGUGCUGGCUCAACGACUAACCGCCAUGUGGAAAGAGGUCCAAAGAGCUCUUUGCACUGCUAAGAGAGGGCGUCUUCUGCAGUCUGGCAUGGAAGUUGUCAUCGUAGGCCGGCCGAACGUCGGGAAAUCCAGCUUGUUGAACACGUGGAGUGGUACGGAUCGCGCCAUCGUCACCGAGAUCCCGGGGACAACGAGGGACAUCGUAGAGUCUAGUGUCGUAGUUGGUGGGUUCCCUGUCAGACUGCUGGACACUGCAGGUAUCAGGGAGACUCAGGAUAAAGUAGAGAGUAUAGGAGUGCAGAGGUCCACGUCAGCGGCAGUUGAUGCUGACGUCAUCAUCAUGGUCGUCAGCGCCGCAGAUGGCUGGACGGACGCCGAUGACACUAUCGUUGAGCGAAUCUGGGGCUGCUGCACUGGAAGUCAUGAUCAUGCUACCGCUCCCUCCUCCUCGCCGCCUUCUUCCUCUUCUCCACUCCAUGGAGGUGUUUGGGAGGCCGGUUCCCUGUCUGGUCCGAUGUCCAUAGCAGCUGUUCCGGCCGAGGUCGGUUCCCAGGAGGAGGCCCAGCAGGUUUCCCAGUUUGCCAGGAGGCGGCGGCGGCCUUUGGCACCGGCCAUCCUGGCAGUGAACAAGGUCGAUCGAGCGCCAUUCCAUGCUGUGAGGGUUCCACCUCACGCUGCGGACGUGUUCAGAACCAUGGUUGCAACGAGUGCCACCGUCGGAUCAGGGAUCGACGAUCUCGAGAGGGCUAUCUUGGAUCUUGUGGGUGUGGGUGAUGUUGCGUCGGAUGGCCUUGGCUGGACGGUCAAUCAGAGACAGGCAGAACAGCUAGUCCGUGCGGGCGAAGCGUUGGAGAGGGUCAAGGCAAGCAUUGAGCAAAAUUUGCCAGUCGAUUUCUGGACCAUCGAUCUUCGCGAUGCUGCUCUGGCCUUGGGCCAGAUCAGCGGCGAUGACGUAGCUGAGGAGGUGCUCUCAGGAGUUUUCUCUCGUUUCUGUAUAGGGAAAUGAAAGAUAAACGAAGUGAUUGUGU